UUCCUGAAAUAAUUGAAUAAAUCGAAUUUACAAUUAGGAGAUGCCCUGUCUUUUGGCUAAUAAUCUAGUUGUGACCUUGUGUUUAUAAUAUACUGUUUAGUAUAUGACUAAUUGGCAGAAGUAUUGUGCGCGUGGAUACAGCUUCCGAAAAUCCAAAAGUAUCAUGUUUCUGGAAGCAACGUUCAACGUCAUUAACCCAGAUACCAGAUAUAUUCAGCUAUUGCAUCAUCCAAAAGUGCCCCAUAUACGAAACUAACACAACAUCUACUGUGCUAAGGUUGACCAUUAGAUGUGCAGUUUCAAGGCGAACAAAUCUACCCGUUCCCGUUGGUGCUGAUCGAAUAUUCUGCAAAGUUACAUAUUUGGUUACUUUGGGCACCGAAAUACAGUUACCCGCAUCACCAUUCAGUUGAUUACAUCAGCUACAACAACUAUCGGCACGUUCGUUACUAAUGGCAUUACAUUACGAUCUCAUUGAACUCCAAAGGCAAAUGAUGCGGGAUAGCCUCUUUCAUCAGGAUUCGGAUACACCCGUGCUGACGGAACCAGAGGAAAGCGCUUUCUCAUUCCUCAGAUCGGGAAACGAUCGAACUGUUUUAGUCAGCAUGCAAUUCAUUGUUUGGAAAAACAAAACUUGCCGAAAAACGUCAACAGUAACGCCCACGUUAGAAUCACCGAACUUAAAAACCACGACGGAAACCUUGACGGAAAGUCCAGUACGCAAUAUUUCGGUUAAGGAACGUUUGCCUUGCACGAGAAGCCGGAAUAGCGGAAGGCGAGAGUGGAUAGAAGCUGAAACCCAAAGAGCAGCAGUCGAUAACACGGCAGGUAUAUGCCAAUUUCCAUGACCAGCGGCCAUCACAGGAAGCAACAGAAGAAAUGCUGCACUCAGCAGCGAGCUUCAAGGCAAAGUCAGUUGCGAACCCGGCUCGAUUCAGGGAGCUAUCGGAGCUGAUGCGACAGCAACGAUUCUGGCCAAGUCAGCCACACCAGAUUAGUCGACCAAUCAAAUCGACAGCUUCACUCAUAUCCGCCAAAUCCGCAUCAAAAACAGCCAUGUCAAGCCUCUCCGCACUGGUCAUUCUCAGACUUGAUCGAUCCGCAUCAAUACAAUCGGUAGAGUUCAGUUUGAGCCACUCAAUGCAAGAACAGGCAAAACAGCAUCAACCUUUCGUCCCUAGCCAAUGAUUCUUUCAAUAAAUAUAUUCUUAUUUUCUUUUAAACGAAAA